AAGCUCAGUCAAAGCUAUUGUGUGGAGCAAACAAGAAGUGCCGAUCUCUUUCUGUACGAUCAUACUCUCGCGGUGUGGACUGGUUACGGAAGGGCCUUUGAUAGUUGGUGUGCAAUUCAAUAGUUGUACACGAUCCAGUGCCAUUCAAGAAGACUGAUCGUUUGUAUUGUGAAAUAUGAUAGGUAGGCGAUACGCAGCAGUAGUUUUAGCAGUACUUUCACUCAGUACAAUCAACGCCCAGAAUAGCGCGCCAUCGAGAUCUAGGCCGUUUAGCGUUCAGUGGCCUCAGUAUGUACAGUAUCAACCUCAGCAGCAGCAACAGCAGCAACAACAACAGCAGCAGCAGCAACAACAGCAGCAGCAGCAGUCACAACCACAGUCGCGCCCACAGCAAGUAAAGCCACCCCCUAGUCAAGGUCAACAACAGUUCCAGUAUGAUGCAGCAUCUUUUGCAGUUACCGAUCUGGCCAGACGAAUCGGUACAGUUCUGGGGCAGCAAACCAACGCCGGGGUGUUCUCGCCUGUUAGUAUCGCAUGUGCCCUUUCACUUUUACUGUUGGCCGCUAACAAAGAGACCAAACAAGAACUGAUGCAGCUGUUGCAUUUCAACAUAGAUGACAAGCAUAGAAACUCUAUUCAUCAUCAAUAUGGAAGAAUGCUGCGGGAAGUAGCUUCAACCAAACCCGAUGUACAGCCAAUUCCAUGGCGUCAGACUGAUCGUUGUUCCGAGGAAGACGACGAAGACUAUAAGCCAGAGAAUCAGGUCAUUCACUUGGCUAAUGCGAUUUUCGUGAAACGAGACCUACCGAUUAAUGGCAAGUUCGUAGAUUUAUCCCGAGCCUUUUACAACAGCACUGUGAAUCAACUUGAUUUUGCCAACAAUCCGCAACAGUCGGCAUCCAGUAUAAACCAGUGGGCCAGCGAUAACACGUUCGGCAAAAUAAAUCAAAUUGUUUCGAAUUACAUCAACACUGAAACGCAAAUGAUUAUUGCGAACGCGUUGUACUUCAAAGGCCUGUGGAAGGAGGUGUUUGAAAAACAGGCUACAGCAUACAAGAAAUUUUACCCGGACGGUCGUGCCAAUCCAUCGACAGCAAAAGAUGUGCCCACCAUGGCCGUGAUAGGAUGUUUCCCCUACUACGACGCAGUUCAAUACGACGCAAAAAUAAUCGGUCUCCCAUACCAGGGAGACAAAACUGCUCUUUACAUCAUGAUACCGAACAAUUCUAGUCGAGCAAAGCUGCAACGAUUUCAGAGUACGCUAACUGGCAAAGACAUUGGCGAUAUGGUGCUGCACAUGACGGUUAGAAAAGCUCUAAUCCAGAUCCCCAAAAUGAAAAUCUCAAACACGAUCAACCUUCGGGACGUGCUGCAGAAGUUGAAUCUCCGUACCAUCUUCAGUCCGUCCAACAGUGAUCUAUCGGGUAUGCUGGAAUCGCCGGCGCAGAGUAGCAGCACAUCCGAUCUAUCCGAUCGCAACCGUGUCGUUUACCUAAAUAAUGCCCUCCGGCAGCGGCUAUACGCAAGUGAAAUCAUCCACAAGGUGGAGCUGGAGAUCAAUGAAAUGGGAACGGAAGGUGGUGCCGUCACGGCUUCUACGAUAUUCCGUUCCCUGCCUUCGGUGACCGUACGAGUCGAUGCGCCGUUCCUGAUGCUGCUGGGUCACGACGCAACCCGACUACCGCUGUUCUAUGGCAGUAUCUACGACCCGUCCAGAGUCGAGCUUAGGCAGAGUUACUAUGAAUCGAUCAAGUCUACCAACAUGUCUUACUGCAAAGACCGACUUGUCCCUCUUAACUACGGCUCGUCCACGAGAACCGACAAAAGAGAAGUCACAACCAUGCGAACCUCCUAUGCAAUAUGGAUAUCCAUCGUGUGCUGUUCGGCAGUCACUUUGGCUCAGCAAUACUACAACUUCCCCCCAAGCCGACUUAUAUCUUACGCCGAAAUGCCUAAUCGCCAACCGGUGAUACGAAACCUUAUCAGAGCUGAUACGCGAAGUGCCAAAUACACAACCCGUCGUUCCGGAUUGUCAUCCAAUGCACUGUCUAGUCAAGGAAUCGGUUCGCGGUUGGGAACCGAGUCUCAAAAUACGAUUGCACCGCAGAAUGACGCACAACUUUCUCGAUCCGUCGUUGAUCUUGCGCUCAGUAUAGGUCGAAGUGUUACGGAUGAAAACAGUGCAGCUGAGAUAUUUUCACCUGUUAGUAUUAUGGGUGUCAUAAAUUUAUUGCUGCUGGGAGCUGACGGAAUUACACGAACGGAACUAUUGAGUGCACUCCAAAUUGGCGACAAAACGGCGGUUGGUGCGUAUCAUCGAAGGGCAGCUGCAUUGAUGAAUAAUUUGCUGGCCAACAAACCACAGGAAUUGGAACAGCUUGCAUGGAAGUCUGAGUCCUGUGCUUCGAGUGACUAUCCCGAUUAUGAUGAACCAAGCACCGCUGUCUCAAAAUCGAAGGAACUUCGCAUAGCUAAUGGUAUUUUCGCUCAAACCAAGCUUCCCCUAAGUGACAAGUACGUUACUCUGUCGAACCAAUUGUACGGUGCAACUACACAGAGCGUUAACUUCCGUGACUCGCUGGCAGCAUCCUCACAGAUCAACAAAUGGGUAAACCAAGCCACCAACGGGAAGAUUCGCGAAGUGACUAAUGGUCAAUUUUCCCCGGAAACGAUUAUGAUCAUCGCCAGUACGCUCUACUUCAAAGCAUCUUGGAUGACAGAAUUUACGGCCAAAGCGACCAAGCCGAGGAAUUUCUAUCCGGACGGCGCUGACCGACCGCCAUUCAAGGUAGACAUGAUGACAUUGAGCAACUGCUUGCCGUAUCAUUUCGAGCGGGAUAUGGGACUUCGCAUGAUUGGAUUGCCGUACAGCGAUAAUGCCACCACCAUGUACGUCAUUAUGCCGCAAAACUCGACCCGAGCAAAGUUGCGGAAUUUGCAAAAUCAACUGACGGCCGCGCGACUUGAUUCGAUGAUUUCCAAGAUGAAAAUGCGCACAGCCACGAUCAAUCUACCACGAAUGCAGCUGGAGAGCAGCACGAAUCUCGAAAAGUCAUUCCGUCGGCUCGGCGUCAAAUCGAUCUUCAGCCCCCAGCACAGCAAUCUUCGCCUGAUGCUCGAUCAGUCCGUGCAGGGGCGGCUGCCACUGUUCGUGAGUCAAAUUCAUCAUAAAGUAAAUCUCAGCGUGGAUGAGCGCGGCACGGAGGGAGCUGCUGUCACCAUGACUCUGGUGGACCGAGCUGGUUCGUCGGUGUACUUCAUUGCGAACGAACCGUUCCUGAUUUAUGUUCGGCACGAUCCCACCCGGUUACCAUUGUUCUACGGGGCGGUGUUCGAUCCGCGAGGCUAAAUGAAUCGAGAUAGGUUACUGUAGCAGUAGUUGUAGGUUUUUCCUGAGAUGCCAAAGACGAGUGACUAAGCGCGGUUAAAUUAUUCGAAUCUUGAGCGUGUGGUGAGAGCAAGCUGCGAUUGUGGGGUUCAGUUCUAAUCAGUACAAAAAAUAAGAAAACAAAAUAUACAGUAUCAUCAUAGAGUUGUACCCAGUUUGAAAUUAAUUCGAAUGAGAAAUCACGCAGUACAGUAGAUAAUGCAAAAAACAAAUGUAGGGUAGAAGAGCCCAUAUUCGUCCUAUUCAAUUGCGUCUGCCAACUCUGUUCAACGCAAAGGUUUGGACGAAGUGUAGGUUUCAUUCGAAUUUUCACUUCGCUCGUUUCGUUUUCCAUAAAAGUUUUGCUACCAUUAUACUUCCUAGGAACGAAAAAAAUCAACUUAAACGGAUGGACUGUAAGCCAAAUAAUCAACAUAAUACCGUAACAGCCUUGCUGAUGGAAUGAAUAAGCGAUCAUCUACACUACAUACAAUGCUUGCAUAAUGUGAGUGAACCAAUAGAAACAUCAAUACGCAGGCACUGGUCUUAUUAUUCAUGGCGAUAUUAGAAAUUGAUGGAUUCAGACAUGAAAGCAACCAAGAUUGUCAAAUAUAGUUGAUAAAAUAGAUAGCCACACUGAGCGCUCUGAAAAUAGGCAAAUAUUGGGACUUUCAUUCUUUUAAUUCUCAACAUAAUCUGGGUUAUGGAUAUUUUAUAUAAAUAAUAUACGUACCUAUAUAUAA